AUGGAGAAAGCCAUUUCAGGAUUUCGCACUUCAGGAAUUUAUCCAUUAAAUCCGGAUAAAUUUAAUGAGGAUGAUUUUGCACCUUUCAAGCAUGUACCCAACUGCACUAUAGAAGAUUCUAACGAGGAUGGUCCUACCUUAUCCAGAGCAAAGGCUAACGUCGCAUUGCCUACUGAAUCUGGAUCAAAAGCUAAUGAUUCAUUGCCUGACACUGGAUCAAAUGCUUUAGUUAAUUACGAAAAUCCUCAGCCAAGAACAUCCAAAGAGAACUCUUUUCUAACCAUGGCUCCUAUACCAACCAAAAAGGAAAAUGAAAUUAACCUUAACCGAUCGGAAGUAUCCGCAAAAAAAGAUAGUGCUAGUAUUGUUAAAAUAAAUGCAUCUGAGGCAGUUGAAAAAUGCAAUGAUGCAAAUAAUUGGAACGUCGUCAACCGACGAAGAAAACGUAAUAUUGUUGUAGGAAAUAAUACUACCGAAAUUGUGAAAGGCGUACCUAAACAUGUAAGCCUACAUGUUUACAGAACUAAUAUCGACACUACCAAUAAUGGCCUAGAAUCUAUUCUCAUUAAAAAAUUUCCGGAAGUUAAAUGUGAAAAAUUAAAUUCGCUACAUCCUGAAAUUUUCUUUUAA